AUGGAGCCGACGACUCCAACCUCCGAAGAUGUCGAGAUGAACUUUGGCACCGAUGAACCACCGUCGUAUACCGAACCUCCGCCCCAUGUAGCUGCCCGUUUCCACCGCAAACCCUCGGUGCGUCGAAAAUCCUCUGCCAACUCGUCUCGUCGAAGCUCGCUGUCGUCAAUCCACUCUCAUUCCUCCGCGUUGUCGAGUCAUGGCGGUCCCCGCAGCACGCAUAUCGCACAACAUCUGCGACGCGCUUCCAUUAUUGAGAGUCGAAAGGCUCGCCUCGCGGAUCGCGCUGCCCAUGCUGAACAGGUCCGGCUCCGGGCUGCUGCUGCCAAAGCGGCGCAAAGGGCGUCAUACAACGAGGAGAAGGCUUUGGCGGCGCAGGCAGCCCGGGAAAAAUUGCUCGCGGAGAUCGCAGCCCGCUGCGAGGAAGAAGUAAAGCGGGCCAAAAAGAUUGCCGAGGAGACCAAGGAGAAGAAGGCCGCUGAAUUGGCCAGGCUCAAGGAAGAGAUGGCUGAGAAGUACGCCGAGGCCGACAGACGGAGGUCCAUGUACCAGCAAGGCGCACGGCGGUCUAGGACAACUUCACUGGCGGCGGUGGAGGAGAAGAAAGUCGCCCCGACAGUGUUGAAGCGCCUGAACCGUGUCUAUGCUGCAAAAGUCAUUCAGCGAUCCUGGCGGCGUUACCACACGCGCAAGGUCCUCUCCGACUUCUCGGCUCUGGGACUCGACCUGCAGCGAGCCAAGGCGCUCUCCUUCGAAGAACUGACCCAAUUUAUUUCCGACCAACGGACCACCGCUGCGACGACGGCGAUGCUCAGACACGUAGGCGUCCUUGACAAUGGCCAAGAAGACACGAGCGUCGUCCGGGUUUUCCUGAGUGCAUAUCUGAUCCUCACACAUCCGAUACAAGCUUUCAGUCAUGGUGGAAGUCAACCUCAGGAGCAAGAGCUCAUGACAAAAUCCCGCUCGCUGAUCGAAACUUUUGAAUCUUGUAUCGGUGCCAUGAUGACGCCGCAGCCGCAGCCGCAGCCGACGUUGUCGCAGGCUCGGGUCGAGGCAUUUGCCUUUGCCUUGAACGACUUCACCUCGACAUUCGACGCGUGGAAAAGUGGGGAUCUGGGUGUUCUCGUGGACAUCAUGGUCAAUUCAUUUGUCAACUUGGAUCUGAUCCUGCAGGCCACCAAAGACGAUCAUCACGGCCACGUUGCCGAGGACUAUCUUGACGCGGUCCGACAAGAGCAGGUUAAACUACUUGCUCGGCUGAAGCGGCUUGCGGGGCCUGAGGAGGCGCUGUCGAGAGUUCGUACAGCAGUCAGAAGGGCUCGCAAGCAAAGAGCGGCAGAGAAGCGACCGAAGGGAACGGAACAAGUCCCACGAGCCUCUACACCUGCUGCCGAAGCGUCGAAUGCGGCAGAGGGAACUCUGAUGACGCCUCCUGCCACACCGCGGACCGGUCGGUCGGAUCAGGGGGCGAGAGUUACAGCUUUUCCCGACAGUCUCUCGCAAAUGAUGACCCUGCUGCCGUCCAAUCGGGAGAUUGCGCACGAGAUACUGAUCAAUGGGAGUUUUGAGGUACAACAACAACCUUGGACGGAUGCGCGUCAAGGCUUGAUGGACUCCUUACGGAAAAGCAUGCGUGCUGACCUACGGGACGGAGACAGAGAGGCUACGGCAAGGUGGACUCAUUCCAUGGCAGGCCUCAUUCGAGAGAAGUUGAUGUUACUCAUCAGUCCACGACAUCCUCUUUACGCCACGAUUGACGGCUUUCUGGACCCAGCUUUGAUCAGUCAACAGUGUCGGAACGGCAUGUUCUCGUACGACUCCUUUUUUAAGACCAUCGCCGGCUUGAUUGCGCAGAUCUGUUCUCCAGGCCGAGACGAGAUCGUGAGUGCCUUUGGCGCCAACUCGACCAGUGACACGGUCGACCGUCUUUUCGAGCUCAUCAAUAUUAUCGAUUUGAUGAGUUUGGAUCACAUCAACUUCCAAUUCAGACUAGCCAGCCAGGCGGUGCUGGAACACGGUCACGAGCACGAAAUUGCAUCGUUCGGAAGGGAUCUUGAGCAAGGUGUCCACACACUGGCGAGGACUAGGGACUGGUGGGCACAGGCGAAGUCGAACGUUGCGUCUCAGACCGUGAGCGCGUCUGUGGUGUAUGCCAGAGGUCUGACCGACCUGGUGUUGCGCAACUCACAUCUGAGCCAUCGCGACAUUCCCGAGACACUGCAGCUUGACUAUAUUCGCCUGCUCAAACUCAGAGCUCGCGUUUUCCACUUCGUGGCCAUUUCGGCAAUUCUGCUGACCACCAAGAUCCGACUCAGGCGCAACAGGGAGUCUCUGUGGGCAAAAGAUGCAGAACGGCUGAUGGGUUUGGAUCUCUUGAAAAUCGACGCCAGCAGGGUCGUCUCCCUGAUCGAAUCAUCCCACAUGAUGCCGGAAUCGACCAAAGAAGGUCUGGCCAACUUCGUUGGGCGAGUUCUGCCUAGCGCCGUAGCUGCAACGAGAAACCUCGAUGUAGCUGUGCAAGCGCAGCAGGAUGCAAGCCUUAACCAAACAAUGAACGAGCUCCCCGAGACAACCAACGCGGACGUAUUCAGCGAGCAGAUUGCGAGUUUCCUUCUCAAGACACUGCGUGAACAUGUCUUCGCUCGACUUUCGGCUGCUAGCACGGCCGAGAGAGUGCGGACUACGACAGGUGCGGGCGAAGUUCUAGCACGCGCAGGCAUGCCCGAGUUCCUGGAGGAGGUGAACCGGCUGGUGGAUACCCUCGACCGUGUUCGGUCGGUGGACUGGAAGUGUCAUGAGAAAUGGUAUGGCCAGAUUGCCGGCGAGACUGCCCGAAUAUGA